UUCGAGUUAUUUUUAAUUUUUGAUUUUUUCAAAGAAGAGAGAGCUGCCGCCCCCAAACACAUACACAUAGUCGAAAAGUAAAAGGGAGUAAAUAUGAAAAAAUAUAUAAAAUAAAGACAUAGUCAUAGACUUGAUGAUAUGAGUAAUGCAUUAGUGUGGUGUAGUAUGGAAUCCAAUGGCAUAACGGUUGGAUGGCUCUCACUCUCUGCUACACAGAACUCAUCAAGUCUUAUUAACUGAUACAAGCUGUCACUCAAAGAAAAUAGUAAAAAUAACAUAACCUAUGAAUGUAGUAGUGCGAUUAACAAGACCUGAGUAUAUAAUUCAAGCUGAUAACAAGUAUUUUAGAUGCAUACAAGUAUUGCUAGCCUAUAUCUUGUCUGCCUAAUUGUGAACAUGGUCUCUUGAUUGUGAACGCUGAGUGAUAAGAGAACAAUUGAAAAGCUCUUACCGUAUCAACAAUAUUGUCAGUAUCGUGUCAACUGUUAUAGCACUUGGAGGGAUUGAAUUGGAUUUGAAUUUGUCGCGGUGAGUGUACAAGCGCUUAAUAUUCAUUAGUCGGAUAUAUUGCAUUGUGAGUCAUCAUCGAUAAAGAAUUAAGUGAUAUGAUAUGAAAUUCAUAAUAAUUGAUAUCGUGGUAUUGAGCAAAAUGAAAUGAAAUGAAAUGAAAAAGUUUGAAUAAUCAAUCAACAUGACAAAAAAAAUGAAGUCUGACGAGUUCGAGAAGAAAGAUGAUUUGUUUGGAUCGUAUAAUGUACACAAUAAUAAGGAUGAGGACAAUAACUUGAAUCGACAGAAUGCCAAAAGAGCGAUGAUAAAAAAUGAAUACAGAAAGUCGAAAAAAUUAUCACGUUAUAGUGCUGCAACAAAGAAUUUAAUACCAUUUAGAAGGCGAGUAGAAUCAGAAACAGAUAAUGCUUCAGUCGACAAUGCUGGUUUAUGCUCGACACUCUUCUCUUCAUGGCUAACGAAAUAUUUAUGGAGAGCUUAUCGUGAUAAUGGAUUAACUGAUUUACCCAAGUCGUCGCCUUCUGAUUGUUGCGAUUACAAUGUGCAGAGGCUUGAAGCACUUUGGAAUGAGGAAGUAGUGAGAAAUGGUUUGAGUGGGGCAUCGUUUUCACGCGUCACGUGGAAAUUUAUAAGAACUAGAACGCUCAUGGCCAUGCUUAUCACAUCAAUCUCCAUUGUAUUUGGAUUUAUUGGAUCUGCUGUUGUUAUGAGAAAAAUGCUUGAAUUAAUUGAAUCAUCAGAUGCAACUGUAACAAGUGGCAUUGCCUUGGUGUUACUACUAUUUUUAAUGGAUGGAUUGAAGGUAUUAUUGCAGUGUUGGGCAUGGAUUAUAAGUUACAGAACUGCUCAGAGAUUCAAGGCUGCAUUUAUUGGCACUAUGUAUAGGAAACUCAUUAGAACAAGUAAUCUUGGAAACAAAGAUUCGGGAAAAUUCAUUAAUAUGAUGUCGACUGACGGCCAGCAGGUUUAUGAUUUAUGCCUUUAUUCACCACCUUUCUGCAUAAGUCCAGUCGUCACGAUUCUGAUUGUCAUUUAUAUUCUAUGUAUUCUGAGCCCUAUGGCACUCGUGGGAUUUCUUUUCUUUCUAUUGUUCUAUCCAUUUCAGUAUUGCAUCUCUCGUCUUAUUGGGUACUUAAAAAGCAAAAGUGUCAAGGCCUCAGAUGAUCGAAUAUCAGCUAUCAAUGAGAUUCUCAAUUGCAUUAAAGUGAUUAAAAUGUACGCAUGGGAGAAUCCGUUCAGUGAAAAUCUUCUUGGUACGAUGAUAUAUAUUCUGCACUUUAAUUGUCAAAAAUUCUUCAUUUACUUAUUUUUAAUUGCUAAUUUAUUUAUUAUUGUAGCCAUUAGGAGGAAAGAAAAAGUAUUGUUGGAAAAAAUGACAAUGGCACGAAGCUAUGGCUCUGCAUUAUCAGUUACUAUUACCUUGAUAUCUGCCAUCGUUACUUUCUUGGGUCAUGUGGCUGGCGGAAAUAAUUUAACUUCAGCUCAGGCAUUUCCAUUCGUAUUGAUGUUUAAUACGAUGAUAAGACACAUGAUUGCCUUCUUCGAGGUUGGCACGUCUACACUCGUCAAUUCAAGAAUAUCAUUCGCUAGAAUGAAGAGUGUCCUCAGUAUGGCAGAAAAUCAUUGUCCUAUUCACAAGCCAAUUGUGAAAAAUCAAGCCGUAUCGAUUAUCAAUGGAACUUUCAGUUGUGAAGUUGAUGUUGGAAAUUUAGACUGUGAAAGUGGAAAGAACAAAAAAAAAUCAUGGAUGAAGAAAGAACGGGAUACUGAUAAUGAUGAUGUACAAAUUGCAUUGAUACCAAAACGCAUUGAAGUACUAAGUGACAUAACGUUUGAAGCCACAAAGAAGAAAUUGAUUGGAAUAUGCGGUAAUGUGGGAAGUGGUAAAAGCAGUUUAUUAAAAGCUGCCUUGGGCCAAUUGCGUAUAACAACGGGGAAACUAUCUAGGGACGGAAGUUGCGCAUACGUUAGCCAACAGGCAUGGAUACUGAAUACAACUUUUAAAGAGAAUAUUAUUUUUGGUAAUACGUUCGACGCACAAAGGUAUCAUGCUGCUGUUGUAUUAUGUGAACUUGAAGAGGAUUUGGAUAUGUUGCCAGCAGCUGAUGAAACUGAGAUUGGCGAGAGAGGAGUCAAUUUGUCGGGGGGACAGAAGCAAAGGAUUGCCCUUGCACGAGCUUUCUAUGCUAAUCGUGAUAUAUAUUUCCUUGAUGAUCCUCUGAGCGCUGUAGACGUUAAUGUCGGAAAAUACAUAUUUGAAAAUUUAAUUCUCCGCGCUCUCAGAGAAAAAACAAUAAUUUUCGUGACUCAUCAGAUAUCAUAUUUAAAUCGUUGCGAUGAAAUUUAUAUGCUGAAUAAUGGAAGAAUCGUUGAGUUUGGCACUCACAUGCAAUUGAUGCAAGCUGGAAAAGAAUACGCCGCAAUGGUAAAAAGUAUGACAAUCAAUCACAAUCGCUGCUCACUUGGGGGUGAAGAAGAAGAAGAAGAAGAAAAAGAAGAAAAAGAAGAAAAAGAAGAAAAAGAAGGAGAGAAGGAGAUAGAAAGAGGAGAUGAAGAUAAACAUGGGAAAAAAAAGGGGAGGAUAAAUGAAUUAGAAUUGAAUGAAAAGUUGAAGAAAAAAAAUACAGCAUCUUCUCUCACAUUGAAUCGAGUUGAAGGAAAGAAAAGAGAAAUUUCAAAGGAUAAUGCCAUGUUGACCAAAGCCGAAAUCAAGGGAGAAGGUUCUAUAAAGCUCCACACAUACAGAAAUUAUAUAAAAGCAGUUGGUGGAUACACAGUUUCAUUAUUCGUCGUACUUGUAGUAUUUUUAAAUGUCGCUGCAUCAACAUUUAGCAGUUGGUGGUUAGCUAAUUGGAUAAAAGCCGGCGGCGGAGGGGCAAACAUCACCAUCAACAAUAAUGAAACAAUAAUAUCACACAAUAUAAUAGACAAUCCGAAUUUAACAUUCUAUGAGUCUGUGUAUGGAGCAUGUUUUAUGGCUAUUAUCAUAAUGGGUUUUAUUCGUGGAUUCGUCGUAACACAGACAACACUGAGGGCUUCAACGAAAUUGCACAAUAAGCUAUUCAAAAGAAUCCUCAGUGCUUCAGUAGAAUUCUUUGAAAUAACACCACGAGGUCGCUUACAGAACAUAUUCACUAGGGACAUCGAUGAACUUGACAUUCAUCUUCCCUUGGCCAUCGAGUAUCUUUUGAAUAAUCUAAUACACGGUCCACUGCACAUUUUAAUAAUCUGUGCCGUAUAUCCAUAUUUAUCAUUUGUCUUUAUAUUCUUGAUGAUUGGAUUUUAUUACAUUACAAAAAUAUUUAGGACUGUAUUGAGAGAUAUACAGCGCGUAGAGAGUGCUUCACGAGCCCCAAUUCUCAGUCAUGCAACAGCAACAUUACAAGGAUUAGAUACAAUUCAUGCUUUUGAAAAGGAGUACGAAUUCAUUGAGGCUUUUUAUAAUAAAGUAGAUAUCAAUGGUUCUUCCAAUUUGUUGAAUAAUAUUGCAAUGAGAUGGUCAACGAUACGUUUUGAUAUUCUCACUGUGACAGCGUAUGCUUCCACAGGUCUGACGAUGAUUCUCUUCAAGGAUCAAGUGUCUUCCGCAAUGGCAGGACUCGCUUUAUCAUUUUGUGGACAAAUGACUGGUUUCAUUCAGUAUACUAUAAGGACAAUGUAUCAGACGGAAAUGAAAUUCAUUUCAGUAGAGAGAAUUGGCAAUUAUUUGGAUUCUCUGAAAAGUGAAGAUGAUAAUACUAAAGAAUUGGCGAGUGACAAUGGCUUAUUGCAAAACGGCGAUGAUGAUGAUGAUCAGUGGCCGCCGCCGCCGCCGCCGCCGCCGACGAUGGGAGCCAUUGAGUUUGAUAAUGUUGAAUUGAGGUACAGGGAUAAUUUGCCGCCAGUAUUGGAGGGAGUUUCAUUUAUAAUUCAAGCUGGUGAGAAAGUGGGAAUUGCUGGACGUACUGGUUCUGGCAAGAGUUCCAUCAUAGCUGCCCUUUUUAGGAUCGUAGAAUUAUCUGGAGGCUGUAUUAAAAUAGGAAAUGUCGAUAUUUCGACAGUCCAUUUGCAUCAAUUGAGAAGUCAAUUAUCCAUUAUCCCUCAAGAUCCAAUGAUUUUCAGUGGAACAAUUAGAUUUAAUCUGGAUCCAUUCAAGUGCAAAAGUGAUGAUGAGUUGUGGAUAGCACUUGAGAGUACCAAAUUGAAAGAUAAAAUUUUUUCCAUGCCAGGACAAUUGAGUGCUCCAAUUGAUUCGAGUGCAACGGGUUUGAGUAUGGGAGAGCGUCAAUUACUAUGCCUCGCCAGAGCUAUCCUUCGAAGAAAUGAGAUUAUAAUUUUGGACGAAGCUACAGCCUGCGUGGAUCCACGGACGGAGGCUAUUGUACAGAGGACUAUCCAACAAGAAUUUUCACAUUGUACAAUUUUAACCAUUGCCCACAGACUGCAAACAAUUCUUUCCUGCGAUAGGAUCCUUGUUAUGGAUGCUGGAAGUAUUGUAGAAAUGGGAACUCCUAGUGAUCUACUCAAUAAUUCAAACUCUAUAUUUUCAAAUAUGCUGGCAACUGCCAAAAAACGCUCCCAAUAAUCAUACAGACAUUACAGACAUUACAGACAUUAUUAUUUUUAAUAUUAAUAUACUUUCAAAUAAUUCAUUUUUCUAUUACUUAUAUUCAUUAUAAUUGAAAUAAGAGCAAAAUUUUUUGAAAAUCUAAA